AUGGUGAGCACCAUCGUGGACCAACUGCUUCCUGCAAAGAUGACCCUGACCCCGGCUACAUGCCUCUUAUACAUAUGGCCAGAAGGCCUGACCAAGGUCCACUCCAAACUCCUAUUCCACACGCUGAUAGCAGCAUGUAACCUAAUAGCAAAAAACUGGAAAUCACGGAACAUCCCCACAAAAGCUGAGCUAGUUACCCAGAUCCAAAAGAAUUGGGAAUAUGAACGCAUGGCGGCCCAACAAUUGGGGACGGGAGUGGCAACUAUGGAGGCGGGGAAAAUUUGGGAACAAUACUGGAACAAGGUGAAGUCCCAAACAACUGGGGAUGAGUAA